AUGCGUCGCCACAUAAGCGCGGAGAAAGCAAGCGGCAUGUUCCGAGAUUUGCGCCACACUUUCGUAGUGCCACUCGUUCCACCUUUGUCUUCGUAUCUUGAGCACCCUCCACUGAGACCAUCGAUGGACAGUAACAACGAGCCCGUCGAAGCCGAUAGUCGCCUCGGAAAACGUCGUAGGACCGACAGCGACGAUACAGUGCCAACGGUCUCCAAUGAUAUCCUCAACCUGACCAAACACCCACUGCUCUGGAUUGAGGACGGCAAUAUCAUCAUCAUGGCCCCUGAUGGGACGGCGUGCCGAUUGCACACGGGCUUCCUGUCGCUUCGCUCGAACGUCUUCAAGGAUUUGUUCUCCGUGGCUCAUACCUCCGCAGACGAGACGUACGAUGGUUGCGGCGUCGUUCGUCUUCCGGAUCCACCCAUGGACGUCCGUUUCUUUCUUGAAGCGCUUUAUCACGGCAGUGAUGGUGGGGACGAUGGUUUGAAUGAGAUACCUACUAGCUUUGUCAAACUCUGCGGUCUCUAUCACCUAUCGUCCAAAUAUUUCGUCAACGACCUCAGGACUAAAGCAGAAGACCGUUUGCUCCAGGCCCUCCCUUCCUACAUGCCCCAAUAUUAUCCGUACGCUCGAGACAAGUCUCGUAGCAAAGAUUAUCAUCCAUUUCUGGCCAUAGCGCUUGGCGAGCAGCUGUUGCCCAUCAUCCUUCCUACUGCAUACUAUGAAUGCGCCUUACGUGAUCUCAAGGAGACGCUAGACGGUGCAUACAUCGAUGGAAAACACGUCACGCUCUCCUCUUCGUCGCAGCGCACAGCACUCUUCUUCCGAGACGCCUAUUACAAGUACAAAUGCUCGAACAUAAAAUUUAGACAUGGAGUCGUUUCGCAUUUAGAGAUGAAAGGGAAUGGAGAAUGCACCUGUUCAGGCAACGGAGUGCUGAUUGCUACUAAACUGGAGGAACUCUUCUUCGACUUAUCAGGUCACGACAUCUUCUCGACGCACGUUGUACCCGAACAUGUACCCUCAGCCGAUACUCCCCCGUGUGCGACAUGCCAAACAGCGUUCAGCCGCGUUGAGUCCCGACUCAGGUGGGACUUAUGGUCUCUCCUUCCGAAGUUUUGUGGCCGGGGGACUUGGGAAGAGCUGCAGCGACAACAUGACGCUCGCGACGACGCUCACGAUCCCUAG